AUGGAGAGAGAGCUAAGAGAGUGUCUGCAGAAGAAAACAGCAGGAGUGUUUGGAGGGUACUCAAAGGAGGCGUAUGUGCAGGAAGUGGUGUGCUAUUUGAUAGAGAGGUACCAGAAGAAGAAGUACAACGAGCGGCCAGCCAAGCAGCCAGAGGUAAAGAAAACGAGGCUAUCUUCGUUUGAGAACUACACAGAGACCACGUCGCUGAACAGGUGCACGGUAUGCAUUGUAGUUCCUAACGCAGGGCUCGUGGCUGAAAUAGUGGCUCGUCUCUUGGAGAAUAAAAGCCUCCAUUUGAACGAGCUGAGAAAGGGGCAGUAUGCAAUGACGGGAGAUGACAACGACGACUUUAUCCUGCCUCUGAACUAUACGGAAGAAGAAGGAUUCAACGAGACAAGCAACUAUCAGGCAGACAUUGUGAUAGCAACCACAAAAGCACUGGUUACUCUGGGCGAUAAGCGGAUAGAUAGAAAGAAAUACUUCAUCGAAGAAAAAGACCAGCUGGCUGACUUCAAACAGAAAGUCAAACAAGAAAUGAAUAUGUACGCUUUUCUAUCCGGUGUAGACACAGCCAUUCUGAUGGAUGCUGAUAUUUUGCACAUACAAAACCCCCUCUCUCUUUUGGAAACAAUAAGAAUAUUGGAAGAGUCAAAGCCUGCACCAAAACAGAACUUGAACCUAAGAUACCUAAGCAGCGGGCCGGAGAAGAAGGCGUUCAUAUUUCUAGCAAAUAUCAUCACACCCGAGCUGGUGAGUAUAUCGAGGAAGUACGAGCAUGCGAAAGUUUUGUCAAAAAAAGUAACAAAGAGCACAAAAAUAAAAGACAGCAUGCACUUCAGAAUGAACAAAAGCACAGAGGUAAACAAGUACACAGAGCACCACAUAAACAACCUAACAAAUAAGUGCGAAAGAGUGCUGGUUGUCCUGAAAGACUCGGUUGAGCUGAAAAAGAUAGAAGCAGAAAUCACAGACAACUCUCCAAUGAGCAUACAGGGCAUAUUCUUCAUGGACGAAUACACGCCCACCUCAAAAAUAAAGGAUGCGCUGGAAAACAGGAAGAGAAGAGUGUGGAUUAUCACGGAAAGAUUCAUAUUCUACAGAAGAAAGAGGCUUUCCAGAAUAGUCACACCUUUCAACCCAGUCAAAGUGUUCUCCCCGCACAUUGUAAACCCAAGGCUGCUGAAGCUCUUAGCUGACACGGUAAGCCCGCAGGAGACAGAGGACAGCAUUUACAGCUCGCCCAUCAUCUUGACAGCCACCAGCACAGCAGAAGAAUACUUCUUAAGCGAGCUGUUCGGAAAACAAGUGAGCAUAUCUGAGCUAUUUGCAUACUGCGAUGACAUAAAAAUGAACAAAACAGAAGAAGAAUAA